AUGAUAGAUUCAGAAGAUGCCCGUCUGUUUUUGACUGUGCGUGGAUGCCUGGGCACAAUUUGUAAACUAAUUACUCAAGAAGUGGGCAAUGUCGAGUCCCUAGAAAGGAGCAUGCAUAUUGACAUUUCACAGGGAUUUAUACUCCACAAGCUUAUUGAGUUGCUUGGUAAAUUUUUGGAGGUUCCAAAUAUUAGAUCCAGAUUCAUGCGAGACAAUUUGCUGUCAGAGAUUCUUGAGGCUCUUAUUGUUAUUCGUGGCUUGGUAGUGCAGAAGACGAAGUUAAUUAGUGAUUGCAAUCGGCUUCUAAAAGACCUUUUAGAUAGCCUUUUGCUUGAAAGCAGUGAAAAUAAACGGCAGUUCAUUCGAGCCUGUAUCUGUGGUUUGCAAAACCAUGGAGAGGAGAGAAAGGGCCGAACUUGCCUGUUUAUACUGGAGCAGCUCUGCAAUCUCAUCUGCCCUUCAAAGCCAGAGCCGGUGUAUCUGCUGGUUCUAAACAAGGCACAUACGCAAGAAGAGUUCAUUAGGGGGUCUAUGACAAAAAAUCCCUAUUCUAGUUCUGAGAUUGGUCCUCUGAUGCGUGAUGUCAAGAAUAAAAUCUGUCAUCAGUUGGAUCUAUUAGGUCUUCUUGAAGAUGACUAUGGGAUGGAAUUGCUAGUUGCUGGAAACAUUAUUUCUCUUGAUUUGAGCAUAGCUCAAGUCUAUGAGCAAGUCUGGAAGAAGUCAAAUCAAUCUUCAAAUGCCAUGGCUAAUACUACAUUGUUAUCCCCUAAUGCUGUUCCAUCAGCCAGAGACUCUCCACCUAUGACAGUGACGUAUCGGCUUCAGGGAUUAGAUGGUGAAGCAACUGAGCCUAUGAUAAAAGAAUUGGAAGAAGAUAGAGAGGAGUCACAAGAUCCAGAGGUCGAGUUUGCUAUUGCAGGUGCUGUUCGCGAGUAUGAUGGGCUGGAAAUUAUAUUGAGCAUGAUCCAGCGUUUGCGGGAUGAUUUCAAGUCCAACCAAGAGCAAUUGGUAGCUGUUCUAAAUCUCCUCAUGCAUUGUUGCAAAAUAAGAGAGAACAGGCAGGCCUUGCUGAGGUUAGGAGCUUUAGGUUUACUUCUUGAAACUGCAAGACAUGCCUUUUCUGUGGAUGCCAUGGAACCGGCUGAAGGCAUACUGUUGAUUGUUGAGAGUCUGACACUGGAAGCUAAUGAAAGUGACAACAUUAACAUCACACAGAGUGCUCUUACUGUCACUAGUGAAGAGACAGGUGAACAGGCCAAGAAAAUAGUCCUCAUGUUUCUGGAGAGAUUGUCUCAUCCUUUGGGCCUUAAGAAAUCAAACAAACAGCAGAGGAACACUGAGAUGGUUGCGAGAAUCUUGCCUUACUUAACAUAUGGUGAACCUGCUGCAAUGGAAGCUCUUAUCCUGCACUUCAGCCCACCCUUGCAAGACUGGAGAGAAUAUGAUCGGCUGCAGAAAGAACAUGAAGAUAACCCAAAAGAUGAGAACAUUGCCCAGCAAGCUGCAAAACAAAGAUUCACACUGGAAAAUUUUGUAAGGGUCUCUGAGUCUCUCAAAACAAGCUCCUGUGGAGAGAGAUUGAAAGACAUUAUUCUUGAGAGGGGUAUUACUGGUGUUGCAGUUGGACAUCUGAGGGAUAGUUUUUCAGUAGCGGGGCAGGCUGGUUUUAAAUCAACUACAGAAUGGGCAAUAGGCUUAAAAUUGCCAUCUGUUCCACUGAUAUUGUCUAUGCUGAGGGGCUUGUCAACAGGACAUUUGGCCACUCAGAUGUGUAUUGAUCAGGGAGGGAUAUUACCUUUGCUUCAUGCUUUAGAAGGGGUCUCAGGGGAAAAUGAGAUAGGAGCGAGGGCUGAAAACUUGUUGGACACGCUUUCAAAUAAGGAGGGAAAAGGAGAUGGAUUUUUGGAGGAGAAGGUGCAGAUGUUGAGACAUGCCACCAGGGAUGAAAUGAGACGUAGAGCUUUAAGGAAGAGAGAGGAAUUACUUCUGGGGCUUGGAAUGCGACAGGAGCUAGCUUCAGAUGGUGGUGAGCGUAUUAUUGUUGCUCGACCACUGCUUGAAGGUUUAGAAGACGUGGAGGAGGAGGAGGAGGAUGGGUUAGCAUGCAUGGUUUGCCGAGAGGGUUACAGUUUAAGGCCUACUGACUUGCUUGGUGUUUACUCUUAUAGCAAACGAGUGAAUUUAGGUGCAGGGCCUUCUGGUAGUGCUCGUGGGGAGUGUGUUUAUACAACUGUUAGUUAUUUCAACAUUAUUCAUUUCCAGUGCCACCAGGAAGCAAAGAGAGCAGACGCUGCUCUGAAAAAUCCAAAGAAAGAGUGGGAAGGAGCGACUCUCAGAAACAAUGAAUCUCUUUGCAAUUCUUUGUUCCCUGUGAGAGGUCCAUCUGUUCCUUUAGCACAGUAUAUUCGCUAUGUUGACCAGUACUGGGACAACCUCAAUGCUCUAGGACGUGCUGAUGCAAGUCGUCUUCGGCUGUUGACAUAUGACAUUGUUCUGAUGCUAGCUCGAUUUGCAACUGGGGCAUCAUUUAGUGCAGAAAGCAGAGGUGGUGGCAGGGAAAGCAACUCCAGAUUUCUUCCUUUCAUGAUCCAAAUGGCGCGUCACCUUCUUGAUCAGGGAAACCCAUCUCAGCAAACUGUCCAAUUUAUGAUGGUGAAUUCACUUCUCUCGGAAUCUCAUGAAUCCUGGGUGCAACACCGCCGUGCCUUCUUGCAGCGUGGAAUAUACCAUGCCUACAUGCAGCACACGCAUGGCCGGUCAGCAGGUCGCACAUCAUCCAGUUCAUCGCCUUUAGUCAAGAUAGAGUCGGGAAAUACAAGCCAAAGUCCGAGUGCAGAAAUUGGGGGUGCUGAUGAGCUUUUGUCUGUCAUUAGACCAAUGCUCGUCUACACUGGCUUGAUUGAGCAGCUGCAACGUUUCUUCAAGGUACAAAAAUCAGCAAAUCUGUCAUUGACCAGAACAGAAGGUACUUCUACUGCAUCAGAAGGGGAAGAUGACAGUGGAAGUUGGAAGGCUGGGAGUGAUUUGCAGGAGGCAUUCGAUAUAAUUGGUGUAUUAGCUGAUGUGCUUUCUGGCGGCAUUACGAACUGUGAGGACUUUGUGCGCGCCGCAAUCAAUGCAGGGAGAGGCUGA